ACCCAUACGCUGGUCUAAAAGCCUAAAGAUGACAAGGCCAUUCAGGAAUACCAUUGCAGAAGCAUGCUUGACUUCCAGUGCCUGUCACCAGCACCAGACAAAAUCCAUACAAUUUUCUACCACAAAUACAACAGCAGCAGCAGCAUAAUCAAACACACAACCCUCACACUGAAGAAGUGGUUUGGCUUACUGAGUCACUUAGGUGACUAAACCACCUCUUUCUACGUCUACAAACACAUACGCGACAGCCAUAGCCAUCAACCCACUGUAAUGUCAGCAAGCAUCAAAAUCUCUUCCUCGCAAGAAUUGACAGCCUUUUGGUCCCUUAUAUCUAUCCCCAGCUCUUCCUUUGCAUCAUUCAAUUCGGGCUCCCACCAGCAAUGCAGGAACUCUGUGAUCUCAAGGUUCAUGUCAAUGAGCAGCACACCUUCCUCCUGCAUCAGGUACUCAUUCCUCAACCCACACAUCAUGUGGUGUCGUCCAGCUUUCUCUCCUUCACUACUGGCAAUCUAAGUCUUCUAUUGCAGAGAGUCCUCUGUUCCUUCUCGGGCAAGCUGAAGGAGAUGGUGAGCCAAGAGAGGCAGAGAAGCCAGCCAAAGGGCUCAGGAGUUGGGAUAAUGGAGUUUCCAGGAGGAGCAUGUGGUUUUGAGCUGGUGUCCAGAUUCUGCUACAACAAUGGGAGCAUCGCCAUGACGCCAUCCAACAUCUGUCUCCUCCACUGCUCCGCCAUUCUUCUUGAGAUGACUGAAGAUGUCUCCUCCUGCAAUCUUUUGAGGCAGACGGAGACCUUCUUGGAUGGAGUGUUCCACUGGACAUGGAAUGACAUCCUAACAGCUUUGAAGAGCUGUGAGCCCUUCUUCCCAACUGCCGACUCCUGUGGCCUACUCCAGAAGCUCGUCUCAUCCCUCCUGGCAAAGAUAGCGGCCAAUUCAGAGAUGAUGCCACUCCUGUCGGCAACGCCAUUUCCGUCAUCUUCAUCUUCUUCCUCCUCGCCUGAUACCUCUGGUUUCAGGUGCUCCUCAUCUACCAAGACCCCCGAGCCGAUGAAGCCUUGUUCCAACAGGGAAUGGUGGUUCGAUGACCUCACCAUCUUGGCACCCAGCACCAUAGAAAAGAUCAUGAAGACCCUCGGAGCUUAUGGUACUGACAACAAGAACCUCGUCCUGACCAGGUUUCUCUUGCAUUACCUCAAGACGGUGGUCCAGAGGCCAUGCUCUGGCGUCGGAUGCGGGAACCUUGGUCACUGUAAGGAAGAGUACGGUGGUCUUGCCGACACUGCAGUCCAUGGAGUGGCGCUGAUGGGAAGAACAGCCUUCUCCUGCAGAGGACUGUUCUGGGUGCUGAGGGUGGUCUCAGGCCUGGGCCUCAGCAAGGAAUGCAGGCAGAAGCUGGAGAGGCUGAUGGGACUCGUGCUCGACCAGGCCACACUGGAUGAUCUCUUGGUGUCAGGGCACGAUGGAGGUGUCUAUGAUGUCAACCUGGUGCUGAGGUUGGUUAGAAUAUUCGUGAGCACCGAGGAGGGUGGUGGCGCCUCCUCGCAGAGGCUGAAGAAGGUAGGGAGGUUGACCGACAAGUACCUGGGGGAGAUCUCUCCUGACCAGAGCUUGAAGGUGUCCAAGUUUCUCGAGGUGGCUGAGAGCCUCCCGGAUUCAGCUCGAGACUGCUUUGAUGGAGUCUACAGAGCUUUGGACAUCUACCUCGAGUCACACCCAACGCUCUCCACCGAGGAGCGGACAAGGCUGUGCGGAUGCCUCAACUACGAGAAGCUCACACUCGAGGCCUGCAAGGACCUGGCAAAGAACCCACGGGUGCCGCCGGGAGUCGCCGUCCAAGCGCUGGUCUCGCAGCACUCCAAGUUGCACAUCGGAACCGACGUGGCCGACCCGUCGCGGACGCCGGCCGCCUCCCCGGAGUCGCCGCAUGAGAAGCAGCAGCUCAAGCUCAGCCUUCAAAGGAUGCAGUGCAGGGUGAAGGAACUGGAGAAGGCGUGCAGGAACAUGAAGGGCCAGAUGUCGAAGAUGGUGAAGACCAAGUCCAUGAACCACAGCAACAGAGGAAUGCCAAGGCUCUGUUGACAUGGAUACACCACAAUGUAGAGUUGUGUUUUUUUGUGAGAGUUGUAAAUUUGUAGGGAUGAGGUUUUUGAUUUGGGUUUCAGCUACCAUUUCACAUCGGAACAUCUGUCGAACACCAUCAGAGGAAUCUGUAAAGCUUAUAUGAUGUUCUUACUGUGAA